GCCGUGAGAAUGGUUAAUUUAUAUAGCUAAUCUGUCUAGAAAUUCAAAUUAUGAUCAAUAGCAAAGCACUGUCGGUGUUGUUUAGAAAAAGACGCACAAAAAUUAAAUCCGCACUAUCGCACAAUAAAAUCAAUAAACUUCUGUUGUGAAGUGAAUUAAUAAGUUGGAGCACAGUUGGGCGAGGAAACGUGAACAAACCAGAACGCAGAAAGAUACUCGGGAGUGACGCAGCUGAGCACAACAGAGUACUCUAGGCGGGCCUUUAAGGAAACCGAUAAUCCCGAUCACCAGCUGUUUGUGUUUGUUUUCAUUGUGUUUUUCAACUUUCUUUGAUGAACAGGGAUUGAAUUAUACAACAAAUUAGAACAGUUGGUGAUCAGAGUUAAUUUCACCAAUCACCAGUGGUAUCUAUCAUCCAACAAUGCGGAUAUUGUGCAAAGGGUUCAACUUCUGCAAUCAGCUCAAUGCUGAGGGCCACACUGUGGAGAGAUUUUGCACCACUCUGGAUAGUGACUCUAUCAAUUAUUUUCAGUUAAGCCACACUUUUUCAGUAGCCCUAAUAAAUGAUAAACUAUACCUAAAUUGUAAUUUAGUUGACAAAGAUCAAAUAGACCUUACAGGUGUUGGCAAAAUAAAGAAAAUAACUGUGUCAGAUAACUCUAAUAAUGCUAUACAAAUAUUGAACAGCUGUGGAGACAUAUUUAAAGUUUCAUUCGAUGAUUUUGUUGUAAGGCAAUUACCAAAAUUUGUUGAUAGCGAAGAUGUAAUCAAAAAUAUUAGCUCUUAUUCCAAGUUAAAUGCAGCAUACACAGAAAAAGGUUGUUUAUACAGCAUUCCAGAACGUCUAGAGUUUGAUAAUAAAGACAUUGUUGAUAUGCAGACUGGUAGAGAGCAUGGUGUUUUACUGGAUAAAUGGGGCAAAGUUUUUACAUUUGGUUCAGGAAGACUUGGACAGUUAGGAACUGGAUAUUUGGAAGAUCAUCAAAAUCCAGUAAUAGUCGAGGCUCUAGGUGGUAUUACAAUAAUUCAAAUUGCUGCAGGUGGUUGGCAUUCUUCAGCCAUUAGUCGAGAUGGGGAUUUGUAUGUUUGGGGAUUGAAUGUAUCUGGGCAAUUGGGCUUAGCAAAACCUGAUGAAGAAAUCAAAAAGAAUGUAUCAGUCAUGGCAACUCCUCGUGUUGUUGAUAUACAUGGAUGUGUGGAGAAUAAUGUUAUUCAGGUAGCUUGUGGAAGCAGACAUACAAUAGUUCUAUUAGAUAACAAUGCUCUUUAUGGAUGUGGAUGGAAUGAGUACAAACAACUAAAAAAUGAUGAACAGAAAAACUAUAAUUUCUUUGUCUUCAUUGAAGAUUUUUCGCAAGAACGUAUUGAGAAAAUUUUAUGUGGUCCCUGGAAUUCGGCUGUGAUAUGUAAAUGAAAAAUAUUUUGUAUUGUACUUACCUGGAAACACCUCGUCUUUGGAAUAAGUAAAGUAAAGGUAACAUUUUGAGUGCACAGAUUUAAUUUCCUAUCUCUGUUAACAAUAAUAUGUACGUUAUGAUUGUCCAAUAUAUAUUCAGGUGCUGGUUUCUUUUCUGGACACCUCUCUUUUCAGAACUGAAGAAAUAAUAAUUGUCAAAUUUCUGGUUACCUACCUAAUUAAAGAAAAAAUAAUUGAAAACUAUAACCUUUUUAAUAGAGUAUAUCUAUGUUUUAAUAUUUAGGAAAAUUAGAAAAAAGGAAUUUGAAAAUGAGCAUACUCCCAUCACAAACAACAAAAAAAUGUAUGUAUGUGUGUAUGUAUGUCUGGGACAAUAAAGCAUAUUUUGAUUUGAUUUCAAUGAUUUUUAAUGACCUUUCAUUGACGAAGCUGAGCUAUUGGAAAGCUCAACAACUUCAUGAAGUAGUUUCAGAGCUGUCAAAAGUAUCUUUGAUUUUGAAUAGUAUCUAGUUUAACUAGAUAAGUUACUUUUGGAAAAAGUAUCUGAAGUUACUUUAGGUAUUUGUGUUCAAG